AUGCCUUGGGUAAAGCCUCGAGUAUAUCAAGUUAAUUUACAUCAAAUUUCUGAGAAGAAGAAGAAUUACUUGAAAGAAAACUCAGAACUGGCCAAAAAAAUAUCUGUUUAUGAACAGAAGAUCAAUGAAGCAAAGAAAUCUGCUCAAGAAAAUAAGAGGCAGAACAAGAUUCUUGGUGAUGAAGCACAUAAAUUGGAGAAAAACAUCAAAAUGCUUGGAAGCAUUAAUGACAUGAUUGAAAGUAUAUCUGCUGAACUGGCAUCUGACAGAGAUCGAAACAGGGAGAAUCAGGACUUGUCAGGAGAUGUGAGUGGAGGAUUCAAGGAUUCGAAGCAGACAGCCUUGACAUCUAAUAAAUGUAAUCUAGAAGUGUGUAAGUCUCCUGGGACCCAGCUAAGGCCCGCAGGAUCUUCUGGGGUGACCUUCGCUGACUGA